UAAAGCUGCCAACUGACUAGAAUGUCCGUCUCGGCGUCGCCCUCACGACUUAGCCCAAAUGACGUCGGUUCCAAGGUCAUAAGCCCAGUACCAAGUUCAUCCGCGCUAGAACCUUCAGCGGAUUUAAAGCCUUUAGCGGAUUCCAAGCUGUCAGUGGAUCUUAAGCCUUCAGCGGAUCUCAAGUCUUCAGGGGAUCUUGAUCCAUCAUUAUCAGGUGCACUUACAGCAAGAGACGGUAGCGAGUCCCACUUGGAGGAGGAAAUUCGUUCGUUGAAGGAGGAGCUAAGCCAGAUCAAGGUUCAAAGUCCAUCGCCGGUGCUAGAAGUACUGGACACGUCCAAGCUGCCGCCGUCCUACAAAGACAACAACAGCAAGGAGGUCAAGGCCAUCCAGUACUGCAAGAACCUGAUCCAGCAGUACAACCACUUGUGCAACACCAGACGGCCGCUCUUUAUAAAGCCGCUCAACGAGUGUCAGGUCAAGAAGCUGGUAUGUACGACCAUCGUCCCCACCCAGCUACCCUACCAUGAGCUGCUGGACUGGCCGGAGAUUGCCGAGUUUGUGGCUGGUUACCUCAACUACGACUUCCUCAAGCCCCCAUAUGAAUUGCCGGCCACCCUGUACUCCCCCCAGACUGUAAUAGAGAGACUGCACGGCCACUGUUUCGAGUACAGCAACGUGCUGUGUUCUAUGCUGAUCGGCGCCGGCUAUGACGCCUACGUUGUCAGCGGCUACGCCACGCGUGAAGUCUGUCUGGCUGACUUGUCCUACAACAAAUGUCCUUUCGUCGAAGAGGACCAGGUGGUGUACACCGCCGAACAAACCAAGAACGUCUGCCGAUACACGGCCCGCCCCGCCCGCUGGUUUAAAAGCGAGUACGAGCUCCGAAUGGCAACCAAAGUUCAAGGUCAACGGAAGAAGGAAGAGGACGAGAAGAGGGAGGCAGAGGAGAAGGCGAGGCAGCUUCUCGAAGCCCCGCCCCCGGACGACCUUGAGGGUCGGCGUGUGCACUCGUGGGUGAUGGUCCUGGCAGGUCGGCGCGACAUCAGCCAAACGUUUUUUAUCGAACCAACAACAGGCGUGGCGCACCCCACGGGAUGGGACCAGUACCUGGGCAUCGAGAGCCUCUGGAACGAGAAGAAUUACUAUAUCAACAUGCAGGAGGAGAAAGAGCUGAACUACGACAUUGGCGACAGCCGCCAGUGGGAGUAUCUGUUCCCUGGCCAGGACCUCCACAUCAAGAUCUCGCCGGAGGAACUCAAGGAAAAAAAGACAACUCUUGCUUUAAUGGGAGACACGUGUGCUGAUGAACUUUUUUUUGACGUGCCCAUGUCUUGGUGUCUGCCCUUGUACAUCUCCAGAGAUGAUUAUGACCGGAAGUACCCAAACGGCAAGCGGAGCAGACGCUACAAGUACUGUCUGGUGGAAGACUUCUGCCGCUAUCUGCUGCCAGACGGUCUGGUCAGGAAAAUGUACAUCUACUCUGAUCUGGCACACCAGGAGCUGAGGUAUACACACUGUUUCUACCAGGACCGGUCGGACCGGCUGGAGAGCCGGUUGACGCACACAGCCACGGGGAAAAUUGUGGAAAAGUUUGGCUACGGCAGGGACGACGCCAUUCGUGAGCACCAUUAUCUGGCCAGCAGCCCCGGCCCUGAGCGGUACCACGUGCUGACCUUUGAGCCCGGCAAGCGGACGGACGAGGUCUACCGGCGGGAGGAAGACGCCACCACCGUCAAACAUUUCUUCAGGAACAGAGCCGACAGGAAAAUCUUGAAGGAAACCAAAUUCGGGCCGUGUGGCAAAGUUCUGGAAAACCCCAAACUUCUCUUGCCGCAUCCCAGACCCAUCGAGACUAUCACUGAAGAAUUUGAACGCAACCCGGAAGUUCCGGCCAACGACGACAUCGCCAAGGUGACCUUCAACCUGUGCACGGACGAAAUCGAGAUCCAGUACCACGUGGAGGACGAACGGAUCGUGGCCAGCAGCCGACACUUUUCUAAACCCCCGAGUUGGUGGGACGAGACCCAAGUCCUGGCCUGGUCGCCCGACCUGCACUCUUGCUUUGAGGCUAACGUGCUGGUUGGACCAAAAGGCGAGUUGGAGCUGUACCAGAUGUUGAUUCACCUCAUGAAGAUGGAGAGUAAGACAAGGGAGAUAACUAGACUCACAGAACGGGAGUCGAGGCACAUCUUCAAGACACGCCAGAAGGAAGAAGACAAACUGGAGCUGGUCAAGACGUAUGUUCAGGCCGACAGAGACGCAGCUCUGCGAUCUGUCCGCCUUAAGCUCAAGGCCCAGGCCAAGGCCAACCGUAUCCUGGCACGGAGCGACAUCCUGCGGGACUACCUGGAGCCGUUCAUGCACCGUGUAGGACUGGACGAGAUCAGCAACAAGAAGCAAGCCAUCAGGAUCAAGGACGACUGUCUCAGGGACCUCAAGGAGGCGCUCAUUAGCCAGGCCAACAUGAUCAAAGAACAAUUCACCAAGGAGAUGAAGAUUAUUGAGACGACCCAGGUCUGGUAUCACGACCAUUUCACAUCCCUGACACAGUCGGACCUCAUGGACUUCCGCGCCUUCCUCACACAACACCUCUUUACUGCCCACAUCCUAGAGCAGCGCCUCAUCAGUUUAAAAGAAUCUGCUCCAUUGAAGUACCAGGAUCUCUACGACACCAUGUGCAAGGACAAGCGACUCGAGUAUUUUCUUAUCUAAUGGCAACCCGGAUGGUCCACACCCCACCAUAACGGUCCACACCCCACCAUAAUG